AUGCCCCUAUAUGCCAAGUUUUUUAAGGAACUUAUUAACAAGAAGAGAAGCUGGCAAGAAAAUGAAACUAUACUGCUCACAGAAGAAUACAGAGCAUUAAUCCAGAAAGGACUCCCCCCUAAACUUGAAGAUCCUGGAAGUUUCUUUCUACCUUGUGCCAUUGGCAGUAUGACCAUUAACAAGGCAAUGUGUGACUUAGGGGCUAGUAUCAAUCUAAUGUCUUCCUCUCUGGUGAAAAAGCUAUGCAUAGAAGAAGUGAAACCAGUACAGAUGUCUCUAAAAUUGGUGGACAAGUCAGUGAUAUGUCCCAGGGGUGUGAUUGAGAAUCUUCUAGUAAAGGUGGACAAAUUCAUCUUCCCUGCAGAUUUUGUGGUCUUAGAUUCAGAUGAGGAUGAAGGUGAUUCCAUUAUACUGGAGAGACCAUUCUUGGCCACUGCAAGGGCCAUUAUAGACGUAGAGCAAGGAAAGUUAACCCUCAGAAUGCAUGAUGAAAGCUUCACCCUGAAUGUAUUUCCAGAGAUACAGCUCAUUGAUGAAAAGAAAGACUGCAUGGAAACUGACAAGGAAAACUUACAGUGA